AGAAAUUCGGGUGUUGCGGAUAGUCUUCUUGAGCUCUUACCAACAAUCAUUUUGCAUAUCUCUAUGGUGUUCAGCUGUCUUGUAUUUAGAAUAGAAGCAGGCUGUCUUGAGAAAUAGUACUGCUGUUGCAGUGGAAUCAUACUACAUCCUGCUUGUGUGAUACUGAAAUCAAGGAAAUUGUUUGCUGCGAAAAUUACGGUUGGGAUUUUUGGGAAAGACAAUCGAUCACAUUUCUUGAAAACAUCAGGUAAUUCUGACGGGGAAAAUAACAGCAAUUAAGUUAAUUUCGACGGCUGAAUCGAUCGCCGUCAAGGAGACAGGAGGCUGUAACCUGCAAAAGGAUGUCUAAAAUAGAGCGCCUGAACGCCCGUGUGGCGAAGCUCCUGACGGUGGCCGUGCAUGAGGUGCUGGAGGUGGUGAAAGAGACCGUGUCGGAGUACCAGGAGAAGACCGCUCGGACGCAGAGAGAGAACGAGAGCCUCAAGCGGAGGCUGCAGGAGCUCCAGGAAAAGCUCCAGGACAAGAGAGGAAAUGCAGGAUCAGUACAGCUGGCUGCUCCCCCAGUUUCUGGAGGCAGGGUUACCGUCGUCCUGGAACAGCGUGUCGAGCAGGAUCGGAGGCUCAGAGGCAGCCAGGACACAGCAAUCAUGCCAGCGGAGGAGAAUCACGAGGCACCCGACCAUGACAGGGUUGGAUGGGGGCGACGGCAGCGCGAUGGACGAGAGUCGAACCAUGUAGACCUGGAGCCAGGGGGUCCGGCGACCGGAGCCGCCCACAUGGACGCGUCCGCGCACCGUGCGGCUCUGCUCUCCGACGUGGCUCAGACUACAUUUGCUCUACCUAGCGUUAAAAGUGACAGUGAUCUGGAUUCAGUUUGCAGCCUGGGAAACACAGUUUCCCUAAAUACUUCAAAUCAGUUCGUAUCCAACGAGGUUAAAAUGGAGUCGGUGCCACAGGAGCAUGCUACGGACAUACACAGCAGCGAUCAAAACCCGUUUCGUUGUCCGGAUUCGAGUGACAACGCAAGACAAACUGAACCAACUCGGGAGCCUCAGCUCGAUACUGCGUCUUAUGGGUUGAUGUACAUAAAUGAUUAUAGCGCCUUCAGGGAGAGAUUCACGUUGGAAAAACAGCCGUCUGGUACUACGAAAGUCAGGCAGUAUCACAGGACUGAGGAGCAGCAUCACUGCAUACUCUGUGGGAAGAGCUUUAGUGGGGUGGGCAGCUUGAGGAUACACCAGCGAUGUCACACAGGGGAGAAACCCUACACUUGUCUGCAGUGUGGCCGACGAUUCAGCCAUGCAGGCGACUUUAAGAAGCACAAGCGAGUGCAUACUGGGGAGAAACCAUAUCGCUGCAUGCUGUGUGGGAAGGGCUUCAGUCAGUCAGGGUACCUGAAAAUACAUCAGAGGUACCACACAGGGGAGAGACCAUACUGCUGCAGUCAGUGCGGGAAAAGCUUCAGCCAUUCAAGUAAUCUUAAAAAACAUCAGCAGAUUCACAUUGGUCAAACGCCUUACACUCCUAUGAACAAAUUCAAAACGACAUUAAAUGUCAGAGAUAAGGGGUCUUUACAGGUGAUGCUGUCUUUAACCCACGUCAUCUACUGCUGGAUUUUACAACAACGUAAACACUCUGGAUCUCUUCUUGACACAUGUCUACGGAAUCGUGACAGGAUGUCUAAAAUAGAGCGCCUGAACGCCCGUGUGGCGAAGCUCCUGACGGUGGCCGUGCAUGAGGUGCUGGAGGUGGUGAAAGAGACCGUGUCGGAGUACCAGGAGAAGACCGCUCGGACGCAGAGAGAGAACGAGAGCCUCAAGCGGAGGCUGCAGGAGCUCCAGGAUAAGCUCAAGAGAGUGCGCAUCGGGGCUGUGCAUCCUGUUGCUUUUCCUGUUACUGGAGAGAGGGACCUGGCUGAGCACUGUGACCAGGAGUGGAGCCCUGGGCUGAGGCCAGAUUCAGACUUUGCAGCUUCUGGGGAGAAGCAGGAGUUCCAUGAGCAGCCUGUGGUGAAGGACAGUGGUGAUGAGAGUCGAGAGCUGGAGCUGGCUCACCUGGCAGAGCCGGAGACUGAGUGUGACAUACUGGUGUCCGAGUUGAACGCCAUUAGCUCUGAGUGUGUCGAUACAGCACUGUCUGUGUUCCAGCCUCAGCCAGUGCAGGGUAAUGGUAAUCUGGGUGCCAUACAUAACGGCACCGUUACAGAGCCUAUGUGUUCCAAUCCUGACUACUGCAUGCUACCCAGUUUGGCUUCCGAUGAAAUUAAAACGGAGCCGGAACCAGUGGAAUACGCAGCCUCGGAUCCGCACAUGCAUCAAGGGAACUGCUACGAUACUGAAUCUAGUAGCAAUGUGCCACAGAGCGAAUCUGGAGGUGAUGCCCAGCAGGUCAACACAGGGACGCAUGGAAUGCUGUACGUGCAGCCAGAUCACAGUGCGUUGGAGGACAUCUUUACAAUCACAAAAAACAUGAGGUGUUCUGCAGACACCCAGAAAAGACAUCAGAACCCCAGGCUGGAAGAGCAACAUCGCUGUGUCCUGUGCGGUAAGACGUUCAGCCGAGUUGGAAAUCUCCGGAUACAUCAGCGGUGCCACACUGGGGAAAAACCGUACUGCUGCAUACAGUGUGGAAGAUGCUUUAGCCAUGCGGGCAAUCUUAAAAAACACAAGCGAGUGCACACAGGGGAGAGACCAUACAGCUGUCACCAGUGUGGCAAAACCUUCAGUCAGUCAAGUCACCUGAAGAAGCACCAGAAAAUUCACAUUAUCAGACAUCUGAGUGUGGGAUGAGUGGUCAGAAUGAAAUAAUCUGCAGUGUAUUUUAAAAUUAGCUUCUGUAAAAAAUGCUCAAUAUAGCAUAUUUAUGAUACUUUGCCAUUUGUAUGAGUAUGUGAGAUUUCUUUAGUUCUUUCAUAUCACGUCUUACUUUCCUAUGAGAUUCAGAGGUGAGAGUGAGGUUUGGGGGUUAGAGUGCCUGAACGGCACCCCAAAACAGUUUUCAAGGUCAUGCUUAAGGUGAACAGCGAUAAGAUUACUCUGCCAGUCACGGGAUUCAACCCAGCAGCCAUCCAAUCACAGUCAUGGAAUCCUAGCCCAUAGAGCAGUGGUAUUCACACUCUGGGGCAGAAAGG